AUGGAGGUCUUGGCUCAGUUGAAACGCUUGAUGUCAACUGCCCUCUACUUCUCCCUUCUGAAUCUGGUGGGAGCUUUGGUGGACACAGAUGAUGUGCUGACAAAAGAAGAACAGAUUUAUUUGCUAGAGGAAGCGAAAUCAAAAUGUCACAGGCAGAUAAAUGCCCAGCAGGGGAGAGUGAAAGAUGGUAAUUGCUUGCCUGAAUGGGACGGAAUUAUUUGCUGGCCAGAAAGCUUCCCAAACGAACUGGUGGCGGCCCCAUGUCCAGACUACGUCUAUGACUUCAACCACAAUGGUCAUGCCUACAGAUACUGUGAUGCCAAUGGGAACUGGCAGUUGGUACCCAACAUGAACAAGACAUGGGCCAAUUACACAGAAUGUGCCAUAUUCUUUGCACCGGAACAACAGAAGAAAGAGAAGGAAGUGUUUGAUCGCCUGCACAUCAUCUAUACUGUUGGCUACUCCAUCUCCCUUACCUCCCUUGUGGUUGCCAUGUUCAUCCUUUGCUAUUUCAAGCGACUCCACUGCACUCGGAACUACAUCCAUCUCCACCUUUUCGCUUCUUUCAUCUGCCGGGCAACGAGCAUCUUUGUGAAGGAUGUGGUGCUCUAUUCCAGCACCUUACUGGAGGGACCAGGAAAAGCACAUACUGGGGACUGGAAUGCAGAGGAGCUAAGUUCUUGGGGACCUAAGAAAACCCAGCUGGCAGGCUGCAAGGUGGCUGUAACUAUAUUCCUUUAUUUUCUGGCUACCAACCACUACUGGAUCUUGGUCGAAGGUCUCUACCUGCAUAGCUUGAUCUUCAUGGCUUUCCUCUCAAACAAAAGUUACUUGUGGGCUCUCACACUCAUUGGCUGGGGGGUGCCUGGUGUCUUCGUGUCAAUAUGGGCCAGUGUAAGAGCAUCUUUAGCAGAUACACAGUGCUGGGACCUCAGCGCUGGAAACAUGAAAUGGAUCUAUCAAACUCCGAUCUUAGCCGCAAUCAUGGUCAAUUUUUUCCUCUUCCUGAACAUUGUGAGAGUCCUUGCAUCCAAACUGUGGGAAACAAAUACAGGAAAAUUAGAUCCACGUCAACAGUACAGGAAGCUCCUGAAAUCCACUCUGGUCUUGAUGCCCCUCUUUGGUGUCCAUUAUGUGGUGUUUAUGGCCAUACCUUACACAGACGUCUCCAGCAUCCUUUGGCAGAUCCAAAUGCAUUAUGAGAUGCUCUUCAAUUCUUUACAGGGUUUCUUUGUGGCAUUUAUUUACUGCUUUUGCAAUGGUGAGGUACAAACAGAAAUUAAAAAAGCCCGUUUCCGGAGAAACCUGGUAUUAGACAUCAAACAGAAAACCCGAGUGACCAGCACAGGGGGGAGUUACUAUUAUGGGGGGCUUGUGUCCCAUGUCACCAACAGUGUGAGUCUAAGCAUGGCUGGCUGGGGGACAGUCUCAGCAGCAGCAGUAGCCUUGCCUUUGGGGGCCAAGAACUGGCUUCUACACUUCACCCCUGCUGCCGCUGCGCUGGACUACAUGCUUGGUUCACCGACACUGCCCAGAUCUUCCAGCCAAGAGAUUGUACAGAAGGCCUUUGAGGAGAACCUGAAGGAUUUAAGGACAUCCCUCGAACUAGAAGGAAGCCACUCCUGUAUCAAGAAAGAAUUGGAGACCAUUCUGUAA